CGUUCCCGCCUCCCGCCCUCUCCCCGCGUCCCUGCCCGGGCAGCGUGCGCGCUGCGAAACCCCCGAGCCGCCGCCCGCCCGGCCCGGCCCUGCUCCGCCGCCCGCAGCGCCUCUCCCUUAGACGCUCCGGGGGGUGAAUAAACCGGUCGGGCGUGUCCGUCCCCCGCCCGCCCGCCUGCCUUCCCUCCUCCCCUCCCUCUCCCCUUCCCCUCCCUCCCCGUCCCUUCCUCUCUCCGCCUGGUGCCGCCACUGCUGCCGAGGAGGAGGAACAUGGCGAAAGCGGAGCAGGUCCUCAGCCUCGAACCGCAGCACGAGCUCAAAUUCAAAGGUCCUUUCACAGAUGUUGUCACUACAAACCUGAAACUUGGCAAUCCUACAGACAGAAAUGUGUGCUUCAAAGUUAAGACCACAGCACCACGUAGAUACUGUGUAAGGCCUAACAGUGGAAUUAUUGAUGCAGGAACAUCAAUUAAUGUUUCUGUGAUGCUACAGCCUUUUGACUAUGACCCUAAUGAGAAAAGUAAACACAAGUUUAUGGUUCAAUCUAUGUUUGCUCCAGCUGAUACUUCAGAUAUGGAAGCAGUAUGGAAAGAAGCAAAACCAGAAGAACUCAUGGAUUCAAAACUUAGGUGUGUGUUUGAGCUACCAGCGGAAAAUGAUAAGCCUCAUGACAUAGAAAUAAAUAAAAUUGUAUCCACAACUGCAACAAAGACAGAUUCCUCUGUAAUGUCUAAAUCAAUAAGUUCUUCUUUGGAUGACACUGAAGUUAAGAAAGUAAUGGAAGACUAUAAGAGACUUCAAGUAGAAGUUCAGAGGUUACGGGAGGAGAAUAAACAGUUUAAGGAAGAAGAUGGACUGCGGAUGAGGAAGGCACCCCAGACAAACAACCCAAUAUCUGCUUCUGCAGCUGUUGUCAAGGACGAAGGGCUCAGCUCCAGACUACUUGCUUUGGUGGUUUUGUUCUUUGUCUUUGGUGUAAUUAUAGGAAAAAUAGCCUUGUAGAGGCAGCAUGCUGGAAAUUGUAAAUUGGUUUGAUGGUUCUGCCAUAUCAUUGGAUUAAAUUUAUUCAUAACAAUGUUAAAAAAAAAAAAAAAAUGUAUGACAUCUCACAGGUCUUGCCUUUAAAUUACCCCUGCACAAAUACUAUGUAACAUAAUCUAGAAAGUUUAAAAUGUAUGAGUGAAUAAAUGAAAGAGAAUAUGCUUCAGUGAUGGAGAGGGGGAGAAAAUCAUGAUUUAACACUACAAUGGAAUAUUGUAUAUGUCAUUUUAAACAUUCUUAGACCCUGGUACAUGUUGCUGGAUUACCUUUUUAAAAAAAAAAAGAAAAAAAAAAAGGAAAAACAGAAAAAACUAUUCCUCCACUGCUGGAGCUGGCCCUAUUGGAUGUUUGGAGCUGGGUUAGGCAGGAGGUGUUGAUAACCUGUAAAAUACGUUAAUCCACCAUUCUGCUCAUAAAUUUAACAGUUUCUGUCAGUGUCUUCAACUCUGUGCAAGUUAUCAAUUUCUUGGCACUUAAAUGAAUAGUGAGAAGCCGAAAAGAAUUGUAUGUGGCAAUGCUGAAUGUGCUAGGCAUCGUUAAGAGGCACAUAUUGACUGGUAUGAUGCUCAUUUGGAAUAAAGGUCAAUGCCUUGUUCUCAUAAAGGGACCAAGCUACAUUGCUGUUGGUUCAUUUAGUUGAAUUAAAAUGUUAUUCAGAGAUGUUUAAUGCAUAUUUAACUUAUUUAAUGUAUUUCAUCUCAUGUUUCCUUAUUGUCAUGAAAUUGACUAAUACUAUAUGGUAUGAAAAGGCACCUGUUUAAAGCCAGUGACUAAAACUAAAAAUUUGCUGCUGUAGUGAUGCGAGAUUCUUCUGCCUCCUGGUGUUUUGGGCACUACACAAUUGUUGGGAGUUUUGAUCAUCUGAGCAUUGGAGAAACAGUGGUCAGGAAACUGUUUUUGUAUGUAAAUAAGUCUAUUUAGGGGAAAAAAUAUUAGUAGUAAACUAGUCCUAUGCCGUAAAAGACCAAUCCUGUUUGACUAUGUAGCAUCUUAAAAAAAAAAAAAAAGAAGAAAAAAAAAAAAAAAAGAAAAGAAAAAUUAAAUAAAGCCCCCAAAUUAAUGUUUCCUUUGUUACUUUUGUCAUGUUCUCACAGUUUUAGAGCGAGGAGGAAACAAUAUUCUCUGUCAACUUUGUUUAUGGCAUAAGGAAACUUGCAGCCUUGUUUCAAGAUGAAUUUUUUUUUUCCAGCCUAGUUUUAAAAUCGAUCCAAACAACCCCAUCAUGAGCCUGAUAUACGUAAGUGUUGUUCAGAGUAACCAUGCUGACUGCUGAGGUACAAGGUAACUUCCUAUUUUUCAGUUUAGUUGGGUUCAGUAGUUGAGAUGCUUGAUACCAUGUUGAAAGUAAGGUUAAGGUAAUUUUCUUUCUGUGCAUAUUUUUAGUACAAAAUACAUAAACUCAGUGUGUUUCAACAUGUUGAAUUUCAGUAGAUGAAAUAGCUUUUGAGCAAGUAAAUUCCUGUAUUCUUGGAUGGUAGGUCCAAAAGCCCUUGGUGACAAAAGUUUUUGUAGCACCUUUCAGGAUUAAGAUACCUAUUCUACGUGACUUCUUUCAUUCCUUUCUUAUUCCUGUGAUUUUUUGAGAAAGCUGUUUGGGCUGCAGCCUGUCUGCUACACUCGUUGACCUUUAUAUUUGUUCCACUUGUGUCUCAAGGGUUUCCUGCUUUGCAAGUACAAAUAAGUGGAAAUUUUACGUGAGGUUUAAUAAGAAAAUUGAGGGAAAAAAAUCUGAACUGGUGUGUUCAGCUUAUGAACGCAACUCUGGAAGUACCUCUUAAAGAUUCAACAGAAAUGAGAGGUGUAUCUUUAGCAUUUUAAAGUGCUACUGCCUUGUCUGCUCAGAGUGGUAGUGGGAAAGCUAUUGAGGUAUGCCUGUAAAAGGCACAGAAGAUGGGAGAUGAGCUGGAAAGAAUGAAGCAGUGAGUUCAGUGUGACAAAUUGGGCAGAGCCGAUCAAGAAAAAGAUACUUUCUGGGCAGUAGAAGCUAAUGAAAACUUCUACAUGAAACAUUUUAAAAGAAUCUUUUCAGAAAGACAAGGUUGUAACUGAUUUUGCAAAAUUCAUUAUAUUGGCUUUGAAGAAUAUAUUUGAGAAAACCUUUACUAAAGGGAGACUGAGCUGUGCAGUAUGGGUUGGUUUUGGUUUUUUUGAGAGGCUGUAAAUAUCUUGAUCUUUUGAGAUUUCUUUUUUUUUUUUUUUUUUUUGAGACCCCUUUGUUUGGCUGAAAAACAGCCUCAAAAAAAUGUAACAACAAAAAAUAAAUAAAAUCCCUGUCUUUGCAGAGGAAAGGGAGAGGAUUGAAGCUUUAAACUGGUCUCUUGUCAGUAUAUCUGCAGUAAUGUUCCAGGCAAAUUUUACACACACUGUUAGCUACCACAGUUGACUUUGCUGGCACAGGCAGCUCCGAGAUGAAGGGGAAAGCUGGCAGAAUGUCUGUCCUCCAUCCAGUGUUCAGUAGUCACUUCUUAGUGAUCUGUGAUAACUUUAAAUCAUUGUGAGCAAAGUUAUUCCUGUUGUUUCCAUGCUAGGAUUAUAAAGAGGUCCCAGAAAACACUCAUGCUUUGCUAGAUGUCUUACAAACGCUUAAUCAAGGAGACCAACAAACAGAGGACCUUAGUUAGUUAAGGAUCUGUUGGUAACAACUGUAACCUGCAGUUGGGGCUGACCCACACCAUCAGUCCUAAAAAAGGCUGUAAAUUAACUGCUUAUAUUUUGAAACUUAACAAAAUUUUGAGGUCUUUCCUAACCAUUUCUGACUACAGCCUGAAUAGACAGCAGCACUGAAUUAUCUGGGUAGUGCUUUGCUUUUGCUGAGCUUAAAAUAAAAUGACUGAUCAGUUGGAUUCCUUAUUACCUGUAUUUUCGACCAGACCCUUCUUUCAUAUGCAGUAAAAAGAAAUAUAAGGAUGUUUUUUCUUCCAAGGUUCCUAAAAGGCCAGUCUGUAGAUACAUGGCAAAAAUAUAUUGGAUGGAUGUUCUUAAGCCACCUGGAUCUUUUGUAAAUUGUUCCUUACAUGAUGACACCAGAGAAUGUUUUCAUGAAGUAUUCAUAGAAAGCGAGUUAUUCUGGAGGGCAUUGUAUAUCUUAGGUAGUUAUGCAUGAAACAUAGAGUUUCUAAAUACGAUUAUUAUCUGGUGUCCUCACACAACAUCAGAUAUUAGAAAACUGUAAUUGAUACAUGAUAGUAGAAAUCAAGUUAUUACUUAAUCUAAUUAUUGUCCUGACUGUUAUUUUAAGAUGCCCACUUGCAUAUACACUUACUGUUAAUUUUUGUAAGAGCCAGUAGAGGCUGCUUAGGUAGUCUUUUGUGGAGCUUUACACUCCUCUCUGCACUUUUUGGACAAAUUUGGCAUAAAUAGAUACCUAAAAUGUCUUGAAGACUAGUACUGGGAAAUGAAUGGAAAAUGGUUUCUACUAUUUUCAUGUAGCUAUCCACAUCUUAAAGCAAGUAUUCCAUGCUUGAAUGAUCAUAACUGUUGCUCUGCAUUGGCAGUUGUCAGCUGUGAAUGCACAACUGGAACAAUUGCAUAUGCAAGCUAGGGACCCAGUUUCUCGUUACUGUGGAAUAGCCUUAGGGAUUGAAGAGCAAGAUAAUACCAUGUGUGUCAUGUUGAGAGGGAUUGAUGUACCAUAAUGUAAUUUUCUAAAAAUACAGGAUUGUAAUAGCUUAAUGGUGGUAUUCCUUGUUACUUUUUUUGUCCUGAAAUGCUGUUAGUGAGAUAAAGUUGAAACCUCACUUUGCAAAUCGCUAGUUUCUUCUCACCAAUAAACUAUAAAGGGUUUCUAUUCACUGCACAUGGAAACUUACAGUUCUUAUUAUAAUCCUGACUUAGCAGUCAGCAUAUUUACAUAGUGGUAUGCACACAAAAAUGGAUUGUUAUUGUCUUAAGAUACUUGGUGUUGCAGCUGCCUAAUGAAAGAAAACUGUCUUUCCUUUUCUUCAGAAAAUGUGUAUGACACUCCUCUUAAUUGGAACACUUCCAUAAUUAUCAGACACAGUAGUGACUAAGUGUAGUAUUCGGAGUUUUUGAAACUAUACUUUUCUUGCUCUACAUGAUGUCCUGAAAUGCCAUAUCCUGAGUUCUGUUUUCUAUAUAAAGUAACUGAGAAAAAAACACAACCAAAAAUCCCUCUGUUUGAAAUUAAAGAACAUGUAAAACAAGCACUCUGAAUUUCAUGUUUGUUGUGGCUGCGUUACAGCUGCAAUAGUACUUCACAGCAGUACUAGAGCAGCUUGGGGUUGAAGAGCCCCUUUUGCAUUGUUUGAAAAUAGGUUAGCAUCCCUUACUCAAAUCUUCAAGUGAGCAAGUUCGGAAGGGACAGAUAGGUGGUGUGUGAAUUGCAGGGUAUAUAUUGGAGAAUAUUUUUUUUUUUUUUUUUGAGUCAGAAACAUUAAAAAGAAUAAAGUAAUCUGUACAGGAGUAAAGCUAGUUCAGUAUCGUGUGUGGAAGUUACUAUUCUUCAUAAUCAGAUAUAUGUCUACAGAUCUAAUUCGCUAAGUAGAAAAUAUUUGUAUAAACCAAUGUUUAGUCAGUUUAGAAAGAAAAGCAACUACUGAGCAAGGCUGCGUGUUCAUAUAGUGAAACCUAGCAGUUCUCUAGCUGUACUUCAUUAAAAGCUGACAAUGGGACACAAUGCUAGUAUAAAUCAUCCGUUACAGUUAGAUAAAUAGUGGGAUUUAUUGUUGAAGCAGGGCAAUGCUGAUCCUUUGACCACGUCCAAUUAAGAUUUCUUUAUAUUAUGCUGACAGCUUCGUGUAUACUGAAUCGCUUUGUCUAAUGGGUGUCAGUGCAAAAGUGACAUUACUCAUUGUGCUGUUAUUAACUUUUAUUUUGAUUAGGUUUAGAGGACAAAGUAAUUGUGUGUUUCCACUACUCAAAUCUGCUUGACUAUAAAAUUUGUUUGUUUUAUUAAUGGGUUGAUUUUUUUUUUACCGGUUAAAUGUAGAUUAUUUUUUAAAAUAACACAAGUAAGAGCCAGGCAGAAAUCUCUUAUAUGUAAUACUUUAAUAAGCACGCACUUGCACACUUCCAGAAUAACUGUAUACCUGUCAUUUACUCUGCUGUUUCCUGUGGCUUCGUUUCCUUUUACAGAACUGCUUUCACAAUUGUACUUUGAAGAGUAAAACUUCUGAAAACUUUACUAAACUUCCAUGUAGAUCUUUUUGCCUUCCAGUCCAGGCCGAAGUUUGUCGUGGAGCUUCUGCGUGAGUGAAAGUACAAAAAUGAACAUAGAGUCUGUGAGCACAGAAACAAAGCUGCUUUUCCUUGAAGCAAACUUGAACUUUGGAUCUUUUCUCUUAUGAUCUGUCAUUAGAAAAUGGCCUUUUCCAGAUGGCAGAAUAAAAGAAGUUAAGAAAACAAAUGAAUUAAGAAGAAUUAAUUGAAGCCGCAUAUUACAAGUUGACAUUAUACAUCUGGCAUUUCUGUUUAUGUUUCUGCAUCAGUACAUUUCAUUCUUAUUUAAUAAGUUCCUAAUUUUGUGGGGUUUUUUUUUUCCAAGAUUUUGAAGUGCCUAUGAAGAACUGAGGAAUAGCCCAUAGUAAAGUAUUGUUUCCAGCUUAGCUGUACUUCAUUUUUUUUAAUCAAAUCUUUUUCUUCAGUGGAUAAACUCACAAGAUUAGAAAAGCCUCUUGAACUCCCUCAUGUUUGAGUUGGCAAGAUUCCCACACACAAUUAUCGACACACAACUACUUUUAAAAGACCUUUAUUAAGGCUGUACAAAGUCAAGCACUCAGAAGUUAGGAAAUGGCAAAACCAAGUCUGUGCACUGUUAGUUUGGCCACUUUUUGUGAGUACGUUGCAGUAUCUGAUCAAGCCUUCAGUAGAGAGUCAGAAAGUGAGCAAAGGCUGCCCUGAAGUUGUCUAAAACUUCCCACCUUUGUGUGCCUGACCUUACAGAAACUUAAGUUCUCUUAAGAUGUGUAUAAUUAGGUUUUUUAAAGUUGAACUUUACAAAUGGCAUCGUGGUAUUAGGUGCAACCUGCAUGUGUGUCAGCAUUGAAUCCUCUUCCUCUGCAUAUGGACACCCGUUCUUGACAUAAGCAUCCAAUGUGGGGAGUAACUGAGCUGAAGCAGCAAUUUUUGUUUUCACAUUUCACUGGGAGGCCACAGAGAAGUGUGAUUGGAGCCAGGAAUUUUUGCUUCAGUUCUGAGCCCAAAAGAGUGUUCUGUGAAGGCUGCAGACUCUCCUGCCCAAUUUAUUUUCUGAUCUAUUCUGCCUGAGCUGUCAAAUCUUGCUCUGUUCCCUCCCCCAGCCCUUUGGUUCAAUCCAAGUCAUCCUCGUUCCUUCACUGUUCCUUGGCAAAGAAACCAAUGUUCAGCUGAGCAUCUUUAAAUGUUUCUUCUUCUCUGCUGCCUGUUUAUUUUCCACGUCAGUCUCUUCCCCUCGCCCUUCCAGUCUUGCUCUUCCCCCACUGCCUGUCCCAGACUUUGGGCCCACGGGAGCUCCCUUGCAGAGCGUUCCCUGACAGAUGUCUGCUCUGGUCCCGGGGGCCUUUUCCUGUCCCGGGUAACAACUCACCUUUCUCCUUCCUCUUCGAUCAAAUUUGUUCCUCCUUUUUCUUUGCUCUAUGUAGAGUUUGGAGCAGUGAGUCAUGUCAACCAUCUCCUUCCUGUCUGCAGCUUUUCUUCUGCUGUUCGAUGCAGCAUAUUUAUUUAUAGUAAAUAACAGGCUUUUAUAUUCAGUACGGGUUGUUUAUCAAAAGAACUAGCUCAAUGCUGUUCAUAUAUCCUAGUGUUUUACAACUUUUUUGUGUGUUGUCAGUUUUAAGAAUUGUUUGGGAAAUCUAGAAUGCAAAAUACAUUCUAAGCUAUUUUAAGCAGGGGAACAUGAAGAUGACUGAUUGGAAAAAUAAGUUACUUCUAAUUGAGCUGUGAAGAGAUCAGACCCAUGACUGUGUCCAGCAAACCCAGCUCAUGCUUUAAAUUUUUUCUGCCUGCUCGAGAAGCAAAAAAUUGCAAAGGCAACUUGUCUGAGUAUCUUAUGAUAUUAAAGAAGGUACAAAAGACUUCAUGCUCAGACUUAGUGCAGGAAGCUAGUAAACGUAUUCAGGGUGUUUGCAAUUUAUUUUAUUUUUCUCCGCUUUCUGGAGUGGUUAAAAAACGAUUAAACUUUUGGAAAGUAUUAUAUAGUAAGUGAAUGGGGAAGAGUUUUCCAAGACACAUGUGCCUGUUGCCAUUGACUUUCAGCUGGUAAUAACCUGCCAGCUCAUGUUCACUUGCUUUUUCUUCACAGGUACAAUACAAAAGUACAUAUUUAUUUCACAAUUGAAAGGAAUCCAGUAGUUGGGACUAAUGUUCAUCAUCUGUGUCCUAGACCUGUUUUCCUAAUGCGGUGUUAGACAUGAAACAUAAGGUUAUUUCCUUUUUUGUCUUAUGUCAGAUAAAGAUAAAUGGAUUGCAGAACUAGAAGCUGGAAUCCUGAUUACAUUCAAGCUAGGCAUACAGCCAUGCAAACUGCUAAUAAAUGUAAUUGCUGUUUCAAAAGGGCAUAGCUGAGCAAAUUUCUUAUCAAAUCUGGUAGUGAAGAAGAAAUUAGAUAGAAAAGUGAAUCAGAAUUGGCAGUUUUUUAAGUGAAAGGUAUUAAAUGGCCAAAAACACAGUAAUUUUUCAAUCGAGAAGGGGGACAACUUUGGCUAACUGCCCAUCCCGUUUCAGUGAUGAAAUGAAGGGAAAAAUUAGAUGGAAAGUAAUAUAAAACAAAUAAGAAAAAGGGAAUCAGACAGCAGUCAACUCAAAAUGAGAGUUAUGAAGUGUAGAAAAUUAAUAAGGAAAGCAAUAGCCAAAGGAAAAGGAAAAUGUACAGGUUGGAGUGCUUGGAGAGGGUGAUAAAGAGCAGAAGUUCAGAGGAAAUGUUUGUGGUAGGAUAAGGACUGUUACUAGAUGCAGGUGGUAAAACUGCGAGUGAUGAUGUAAGAGAAGUGGAAAGGUGAUGUCAUUCAUUAGCAAUGCUUAAUAUUAAAAAUUAACAUUUUUAAAUUCAGUAGGUCUAGAAACUGUGUAGGAGUGUUUCUAAGGGAGGUGCCUGGGGCAGCCUCUGACCUGCUGCUGAGAAGGGUGGCAGAGGGCCGGGUGAGCCUGGUGAUGUGGCGAGCUGACACCUGGGGGAAGGGAUGCAAAGGGAGAUGAAUGUUAACGAAGGAGCGUAAUGGAAGUCAUUUCAUUCUGUCUUGUUUUUUAGUUUUCUUUGGGAUUAGAGUGAACUGAGUAGAUCUAGGCCCCUGCAAAGCUUGGUGUUUUCUGAGAGUCACACAUUUCAGAAGUGGUCGUUCAAAGAGAACCAAAAUGAAAAGGGGGAUGCUCAGAGAAGGGUUCUGCUGGGACCCGAUAGGGUGCAGUGGUUCCAGAUCACUGCUGAAAAUAGGUACAGAAUCACUACUGCUAAAGUGGUAACAUGACAAAAAUACCCAUACCUAGGACCAAAGUAAGAGCUCCACGUGUUCCCAGUGCAGUCCCAGGGUAAAAGCCUAGUGAGUAAGAACGUGUUCUUGGUUUUAAUUACCGUUAGCAGUAAGUGAUUAUACUUCAGUAUGUCUCAGCUGUGAGAGUUGGGAAUUUGGGAUGCAGUUUGGAUAUUUACAUUUUAAAAGAGAAGCUGAGUAAUUGGAAUGGAUGGAAAAAAAGAUUCAGAAAUUACUGGUGGAGUGUGAAAAUGCCUUAGAGAAGGUGAGAGAAAACUCAGUUCGCUGAGUUUAUCUACCAAAAUUGAGAAUGUCUUGAUUACAGUGCACAAGUACCUUCACAGGGAGAAAAUACUGAACACUGCAGCUCUCAGAUCUUAAAGAGAGUGACCCACCAAGAAUCACUGACUGGCAAUCGAAGCCAAGCAAAUUCAAAUUGGAAAAAGGCACAAAUUCUUGAGAGAGAAUAACUUGUGUAAUUUAGGAAUGUUUCUCCAAAAACUGUGAACAGAACAAUAAAAGUUAUGAUAUUUAUGCAAA